GGAAUGUAAUGUGAUAACAAAUCAUGGUAAUAAUAUUUUUGUUGUCGUUUUCAGUUCCGUCUAUCCCGUUGCCACUGUUUUAAUUAAUGUGUAAAUUUAAAUUUUUUUUAAUUCUUACUCAUAACUAUAAUUAUAAAAAAAAAACUCAUCGGCAACGAAUGGUAUUUGUUGGAAGUCACUUUCAUCGCUUUGUGAUAAAAUGAUUGUUGUUAUUUAAUGGCAAAAUGAUACGAACAAACAUUAGCGAAAAUGACCGAGAGUUAGAUGAUUCGUUAGAUUUACAUACUCGGUCGGAUGAUAAUUUCGAAAACGAAUUGUCGAAAAAACCCAAAAUCGAUGUAGUUUACAACACGGUCGACGAAGAUGAACAACGAGGUUUUCAAAAUAAAGGAAUCAUCCAAUUGGGCAACUUUAUUACUACAUUGUCCAACAAUCGUAAAGAAAUACCUAAGUCCCAUUAUGAAGAUGAUAACACAAAAGAUAUAAGUAAAUUACCAAAACCAGAAUCAAACAAUGUCGAAAAAUCGAAUGAAAAAAUAGGAGAAAUGUUACUGGAAGCUAUUAGUAGUGAUGAUGAUAUUGCAAUGGAUAGUGAAGAAGAUGGAGCCUUGGAUAGUGAUGUAGGUGAAAAUUAUACUGAUUAUACAGAUGAAAUAAUUAAAGACUUUGUCCCAUCUUUAUAUCAAGCAUCUCCUCUUCGAAUUAUUCAAGAUCCAUCUUUGUCUAUGUUUGAAUAUAUUCAUAGAAAACUAGGUGAUGAUUCUAAAUGUGAAGAAGUAUCUGAACUCAUUGAUUGCUUAGAGUACUUACAAUCGAAAAAUGUAGAAAUCAAUGAAAAAUGGAUUAUUACAGCUGAACGAACUGUUCUAAUUUUACCUAAAACGUUAAGCCACAUUCUAAAUACCCCAGAAUAUUGCCACAAAUUGUUCUCUUUGGUGAAUUUAACACUUGAUUUCAAUUGUGCUUUAAAAGAACAUGUUUCCAUGACAACAUUAAUUAUUCGUCAUUUAAAAAUCGGUCUUCAGUUAAUUGAAGUACUUUGCCAUUAUAAUGAAGAUUUAUCUGAACAUUUAAUCAAACAUCAUGAAAUUCACAAUAAAUUAAUUAAUCUAUUUUUUGUUGAGCACAUGGGUUUGUCUCUGAAGUUGGACAUUUUACGUGCUUUAGAUUCUACUUUAAAUGGUUUUGAACCUAUUAGACUCUUUUUAUAUACUGUGGUUUUUGAUGAUCUCAAUGGAUAUCAGACUUUACUAAAAAUUUUAUCAAUACACCAAAGACCUCGUGUAUGUUUUUCAGUAACUAGUAUUUUAAGAAAAAUACAUUUUUAUGAGUUAUUACAAAAAUUAAAUGUUGACUUAAAUAUCUUGGAUCCUCAUUCUGAACUAUUGUUGCAAGAAUGUUUGGCGGAAAUAACUACUACAUUUAUUAAAGCUCCAAUUUUAAUGGGUUGUCCGAAAAGGUUUUUGCAAGCUCGGGCCCAAUUUGAGCUCACUUCAGCCUUAACUCACUUUGACGUUUAUCCCACUAUUUAUAGAUUAUUUGAUGCUUCAUCACUUAUUAACUGUAUGACAAAAUUAUUGAAUCGACCUAAUUGCAGAGAAUCUCUUGAACAAAAUAUACUGAAACUUUUGCAAAUUUUAAUGGACUGUGAUCAUGGGCUUAGAUAUUUGGGUUGCAGAAAUAAAGAGCUUAAUGAAUUAUUAAAAGUUCUUUGCAAAGUUAAUACUCAGUUUAAAUCUACACUCGUUUACAAGAUUAAAGUAUUAUCUCUCAUCGAUUAUUUAAGUUAUUUUUGGGAAUGCAAUUUAAUGGACAAUUUUAAAUUAGAUCAAAUGGAUUCUAUUGACAUACUUCAUGAUAUGUUUUUGUUAACACUAUCUGCAAUUGGUAGAUACGCUGUUGUGACUGUUUUAACCAUGGGAGACAAUUUGGAGGUUGUUUUAAAUUUUUUUAAAUACAUGGAACAAACAAGAUCAAAAAAUGAUGAUUUACACAUGAUGUAUGCAUUGGAUUUAAUAAACAUAGUUAUGGAAAAUUCAGAAGAUGUCAGAUACUUAAAAAAAUAUGGUGCAUUAAUAUACGAAUUAGCAUGCAAACACAAUUGUUAUAACGAUUUGAUAGCUUGGACGUUCCCAGCAAUGAAGCACUCUGCUUUUUUUCAUGAUGAUGUCAGUGAAUUAUGCAAAAUUGUUGAAAAUAAUUUAGAUAACUGUUUAAGUUUUAACAAGACUUUGAUUACAAGUCUUCGAAUUUUAAAAUAUUUAGGCGUUCCUAAUAAUGAAACCGCAUUUGAAGGAGUAGAAGAUUUUAUUGAACUUAAAUAUAAAUAUAUUAUUUUACAAAUGUACUCGUAUGAUAUGCUAGGAAAUUUACUAACUAUUGUCAAUAAAAUUUGCGAUAGCUAUAAGCAGCCAUCGAUCAACGUUUGGAAAUUAACAGGUAACAAGGCUAAUAAUAUAAUAUCUAUCAUUAAGCCAUCAAUGGUGUUGAUUAGAUGUAUGAUAACACUAUUAAUACAAAGCCGAGGAAAUUCAUUUAAAGAUAUAUCACCUAUCAAAAUAUUACUAAUGCUCUAUAACUUGAUGCAAAAUGUUCCUGAUGAUUGUACAAUUCAUGAAGAUGCCUCUAAAGUUACCAAAGAUAUAUAUAAAACGCUUGAGGCGUAUGUAGAAAUUAAAAUUGGAUCUUCAAUGGUAAAUGAAUUAAUAGUAUGGACAUUAUAUAAUCCAUCCGCUUAUUAUUCUGGAUUACUACUUUUAUGUAAAUUAUUACCUUCGCCAUUACCAAUUAAAACAAAGAAACCUUUAGAAGAAUCUAUUAUUGCAACCAUGAUAUCUUUCCGUAACAAGUGGAUUGACCAUUUAGCUCAAUUAAGUAAUGAAUUUAUUGAACUUAUAACAGUUUUAAGUCCAAGUAAAUUAUUAUUAGAGCCAUUAGAAUAUUUAUGUACUAAAAUUUCUGAUUUGAGUAUGUCAUUGUGUUUGUUUGUCACUCAGUCGCUCUUAAAAGUGCUAGUGGAUACUGAUAACACUUACUGUUUCAAUGGUUGUUUAGAUUUAUUGACAAAAUUAUGUGACAAUAAAGAUUGUGCUAUAAUAAAGACUGCUGUUUUACAAAUAUUGAAUGAAGAAAAAUCUCAAGAAAAUUAUGAAAAACUUGUUCAAAAAAUAUGUAAUAAUAUUACAAUAAGCCAGCAAGAAAAUUCUAUUUUGUUUGUACAGUGUUUAUGUGACAGUGAUAUUAUUUGUGGUAAUAAUCAUAAUGAAAAUUUACCUAAAGAUAGUGUUCCAAGCAAAUGGUUUUUCAGCAAUAUUUUAAAAUCACUUUUAAGCUUAUUUGAAUCUCACACAAAAUUAUCUACUAUGUCACUUAUUAUUAAGACAUGCAUAGUGAUCAUAAAAAAUGAUUAUGGAUUUUAUCAAUUCAAAACUGUUUUAGAUUUGUUCCCUAAGGCUUUUUAUAAUAUCUUCAAUGGUUUAUUGCAAAAUUGGAAAAAAGAACAUAGUCAAUGUGUAAAUAUUUUAACAUAUACACUACAGCUUUUAAAUCUAUGUAUUAAAAAUGAUAUAAACCCAAGAAGAGUAUUAUUUUUAAGCUCUUCUCACUUGAGAGAAUGUUUGAAUUGGUCAAAAGAUCAUCCUAUAAAUUUGCUUAAAGAAAUUAUGCAACUAGAUAACUCAACAGAUUUGUGUUAUAAACAUUUAACUAUUCUAAUUGAUUUUUUGAAUAACGACCAAGAACCUGUAAUAGAGCUGAUUGAACCACAACUAACUACAGUUGAUUAUUUAACACCUAUAUUUAAAGAUAGACUUUUUUAUGUAGUUGACACUAAUGACAAAAUCUAUAACAACUAUAGUGUAGAUUUUUGUACUUAUACUGUUGAAAAUUUAAUAGAGUGUAAUAUAGAAGAAGUUGCAUCAGAAUUGCUUGAUUUUAAUAUCAAAGAUAGCAUUAAUUAUUUAUUUAAAAUUGACGACUGUGUUAUCCAACCAGAACCAACUGUCCAUAAACCACAAGUGCCUAUUAUAACUGAGAAAAAAGAAAAAGAACACACUACAAACAUAUCAACUAUUACAACUACACCUACCCGCCACAAAGUAUUUAGCAGGCUCGGAACAAUUCAACGACCUGAUACAUUCCGUAAUCGUUUGCCUAACACAUCUAGACCACCAUCAUUGCAUGUUGACGAUUUUGUUGCAAUGGAAACAAGAACUACUCGGCAACAACAGCCUCCAAGAUACAAAUUACCCAUCCAACCUAUUCAAGACCUAAAUAUUAGACUUCGUGAAAGACAAAUGGCUUACGAGCGUACAUAUAGUUUAUUAAGCCCAUAUAAAUCGCAUUUAGGUUUGCACAGCUGGCAUGCUCAAGUUAAUGCUUUGGCUCACUUACGUGCAGACUAUCAUCAAACAAUCAGUAGUAGACAUCUGGAGCUUCAAAGACACUCAUUGGUGCAAGAAUGGAGACAACUUAGAGUAGAAGCUGCACUGAGGAAAAAACGAGUUUACUCUAGGCGAUAAAUAAUAAUAUACUAAGGAUCUAGAAUUAAUAAGUAAUAACACAUAAAAUUAUUCUAUAAAAAUAUAAUCAA